AUGGGUAAGGGAGGGAUGUCACAUGGUGAUGGGGAAGGCGACGAUGGAGUGGAAGACAACAUGGCAGCAUGGCUUCUUGCUGUCAAAACCCUUCGAAUUCAACCUUACAAUCUCCCUCCUCUUGGCCCUCAUGAUGUUAAGGUUCGGAUGAAAGCUGUGGGCAUAUGUGGAAGUGAUGUUCAUCAUUUCAAGAAUAUGAGAUGUGCAAACUUUGUUGUGAAAAAGCCUAUGGUAAUUGGGCAUGAGUGUGCUGGGAUCAUAGAAGUAGGCAGUGAGGUGAAAUCUUUGGCGGUGGGCGAUCGUGUAGCGUUGGAGCCUGGUGUUAGUUGCCAGAGAUGUGAUCUUUGCAGGGAUGGUCGCUACAAUCUGUGCAGAGAAAUGAAGUUUUUUGGCUCUCCUCCAACCAAUGGUUCUCUUGCCAAUCAGGUGGUGCAUCCGUCAAGUCUAUGUUUUAAACUACCUGACAAUGUGAGCUUGGAAGAAGGGGCAAUGUGUGAACCUCUCAGUGUAGGUGUCCAUGCAUGCCGGCGUGCUAAUAUUGGUCCAGAGACAAAAGUGUUGAUCAUGGGAGCUGGACCCAUUGGCCUUGUCACAAUGCUGGCUGCUCACGCUUUUGGAGCCCCUAGAAUUGUCAUUGUCGACAUAGAUGAACGCCGCUUAUCAUUUGCCAAAGAUCUUGGUGCAGAUGAGAUUAUUCAAGCUUCUACAAAUGUUCAGGAUGUGGAUAAGGAAGUGGUGCAGAUACAUAAAGCAAUGGGUGCUGGUGUAGAUGUGAGCUUUGAUUGUGUUGGCUUUAACAAAACCAUGUCGACAGCUUUAAAUGCUACUCGACCUGGAGGUCGAGUAUGCCUCGUGGGACUUGGCCAGAGUGAAAUGACUAUCCCUCUAACACCAGCUGCUGCAAGGGAGGUGGAUGUGAUUGGCAUAUUCCGAUAUAGGAACACAUGGCCACUCUGCAUUGAGUUUUUGAGGACUGGCAAAAUUGAUGUGAAGCCACUCAUAACCCACAGGUUCAAGUUCACUCAGGAGGAGAUUGAAAAAGCCUUCGAGACCAGUGCAGGGGGUGGUAAUGCCAUCAAGGUCAUGUUUAACCUGUAG